UUUAUCGGGUCACACUGGCAAAUUCGCCGGCACUUCUUGGUUUAUAUUUUGUCUUAUUUAUUUAUUUAUAGAUUAAAAACGAAAGAUACGCCUGUGAUAUGCUGCCCAACGCCAGCGACAAAAAAGACCGAUAUGCUAAGCUAUCCUUCUUGGGCGAGGGACAGUUUGCUAUUGUAUAUAAAGCCCGUGAUGCAGUUACCAGUCAGAUUGUGGCUGUAAAGAAAAUCAAGAAAGGCUCACGUGAGGAAGCCAGGGAUGGCAUUAACCGGACAGCUCUGCGGGAGAUCAAGAUCCUGCAGGAGCUGCAGCACGAGAACAUUAUCGGUUUGGUGGAUGUAUUUGGCCAGCUGUCGAAUGUCUCCCUGGUGUUUGAUUUCAUGGACACCGAUCUGGAGGUGAUAAUCAAGGACACAAAGAUUAUCCUUACGCCGGCUAACAUAAAGGCAUACGCCAUUAUGACUCUGCGGGGCCUGGAGUAUCUGCAUCUGAACUGGAUCCUGCAUAGGGAUCUGAAGCCCAAUAACUUGCUAGUCAACAGCGAUGGGAUUCUUAAGAUUGGUGAUUUCGGCUUGGCCAAGUCCUUUGGCUCGCCGAAUCGCGUCUACACCCACCACGUGGUGACCCGGUGGUAUCGAUCGCCGGAACUGCUCUUUGGCGCCAGGCAAUAUGGAACCGGGGUGGACAUGUGGGCUGUGGGUUGCAUUCUGGCGGAGCUUAUGUUGCGCGUUCCCUUCAUGCCGGGCGACUCUGACCUGGAUCAACUGACCAGAAUAUUUGCCACCCUUGGCACACCAUCGGAGACCGAGUGGCCCUAUAUCAGCAAGCUCAAUGACUACCUACAGUUCCGCAAUUUUCCGGGAACACCGCUCGAGAACAUCUUUACGGCGGCCGACAACGAUCUGAUCCACCUGAUGCGCUGCCUUUUCGCCAUGAAUCCGCUAAGGCGUGUUUCCUGCCAGCAGGCACUCAGCAUGCAAUACUUUGCCAACAAGCCAGCCCCAACAGUGGGCCCCAAGCUGCCCAUGCCUUCGUCCGUUCUCGCCGCCAAGGAGAACGCCAAUGCCCAAGCCGACGAUAAGCCGCAACUCAAACGAAAACUAAUCGAGACGACUGUUCGUGGUCACAGUCUGCCCCAAAAGAAGCGCCUGCAGUUCUGAUCACAUACUAAUGUUCUUUUAGGUAGUCAGUCAUAUAUCUCAAGGAGUGAGGACAACUCCCUUCUCACUCCCCCAUUCAAAACAAAACCACUUUGAUUUUUUUUUUGCAAUAUUUCUAAAAUUCACUAAAGAAAUAUUUGAAAAUGUUUACAUUUUUUUUUUUUCAUUCCUGUAACUUAUAUUGUUGUAAGUACGGUUAGACUCUAAGAUGUGGAAGAUUUAUUAAAGAUAUAUCAAAAGAC